UCCACGGAAAUAAGAACAAUUAGUUUGUAUAAUCAAGUUUUCGAGUUUGAGUGCAAAGGCAUUUAAAAAAUCUCCCCCCUGGAGUUCAAAUGAAAUGCGAUAUUUUAGACCAGGUAUAAUUGGGCAUCUCCAGCAAACAAAAUGAAGCAGCAAAGAGAAAUGAGCCUUCUGUCUCUAACCCGUGUUACUUCGAGUGAAAAAUGCUAUUUUAAAAAAAGUUUAUUAUGCUGCAAUCCUAAACCCAUUGAGGGGUAGGCUGUAUGCUUGAGCCCCCUUCGAAUUCCUGGAUCCAGGAAUGCAUCCCCAAUGCAAAUAACACAGCAAAGAGGAGCCGAGUUCCGGAAGGAAGUUGCAGCAGCAGCAACGGCAGAAAGAUUCCUGCAUUGCAGCGCAUUGGAAUAGAUGACCCUCGGGGUGCCUUCCAACUGUACAAGUCUACGGUAUGAACCAAAGGCCUCCCGCUCCUCUUUGUCCCGGGCCGGGUCCAUUGGCGCUGUUGUGUCGUGAGUUUCUUAAUACAGUAGUAGUCAUUCAGUGACAAUAUCUUCAUAAUAACAGCUCUUUAUUUAAGGCAACAAGACAGGACUGACUCUGAGGACAGGAAAGCUACAUUUAUAGGGACGGGGAACUAGCUAGAAAGGGAUACAUUUUGGAGGGAACAAUAUCAUGCAAUCACAGUGCUGCCUUUUGGAGGAAACCAAUAAAACAGGGGAUCCAAAUAUAGCAGCUUAAAUGAACCAAUAGUAGCUGUACCUUCUGUAACCAAAAGGCAGUUACUUUACCCUAAAGCAAAUACAGACAAUAGCAAUACAGAUAUAAAAUCCUCUGACUCAAUACGCAACAGGCGCCUCCUCCUCUCCGCGGGACCAGCCUCUCCUCCUCCAGCUGCUGCUUCUGCCGUCGAUGUCGAGCUCGGAGGUCGCCCCUCUCCAGGGCACGUGCCCGGGGAUGUGCCCGGCCGAGGAGUUCGCGCGCCGCCGCCGGGAAGGCCGCCUGCACCGACUGGAGCUGGGCGCGGGGCGCGAAGCGGACCCGGCGCUGGCUAUCAAGGAGUACUCGCGCCCGGCCGCCGGCAAAGCGCCCCCGCGGCCCGAGGAGCUGCGCCCGCCCGACGUACUGCUGGCCACCGUCCAGCACCUGCUGGACCAGGAGGACCGGGGAUCGGACGCCGGGGACUCCGCCGAGGCUGCGGAGCGCGGCGCCUUUGUGACCGACCGGCUGCGCGCGGUGCGCCUGGACGCGGCGCUGCAGAGGCUCCCAGGCGCGCCCUGCGCCGCCCUCCACGAGCGCGCCCUGAUUUGGCUGCUCCGCGCCGGGACGCGCCUCUGCGCCCAGCCGCCCGCCCGCUUUGACGCCCACUUGCACGGCGCCCACCUGCAGGAGACAUUCGCCGCCCUCCGGCGCGCCUACCGGGAGCACGAGGACGGAGCCCGGCCCGCCGCCCAGCCCCGAUUCCAAGCCCUCUUCCUUCUCUACAACCUGGGCUCUCCAGUUGCUCUUUGGGAGACGCUGCAGCUCCCCGAUGCCAUCCGAGCCUCCCCAGACGUCUCUACAGCACUGGCCAUCAAUUGGGCCUUCCUGGAGCGGAAUUUCGCUCGCUUCUUCCGCCUGGCCCGGGAACUGCCUUACCUGCCCAGUUGUGCCCUUCACCCCCACCUGGCUGGGGCCCACCGCCUGGCCUUGAUGACCUUCAGCCACGGCUUCAGUGCCAGGAACUCCCGCUACCCUCUGGCACGGCUGGCACAGUUGCUGGCCAUGGACAGCGUGGAAGAGGCGGCGGACUUGUGCCGGGCCCACGGCUUGACUGUGUUGGAGGGGGAAGUGGUCUUCCAGAAGGGCUCCUUCAAGGACGGUGUGCCUUUGGUGCAUAAGCCUUCCCGCCUGCUUGUGGAUGGCAAAUGGGGGGAGUCUAGUCUGCUGGAGCUCUCAGAGAGGGUCUGCAGCUGACCCUCUUCGGAAAGACUCUGUGUGCGUGAGCUGAGACUGGAAAGGGGUUUGCAGCUCAGGGUUUUCCCCCUAGGGAAGUUAGACUGGCUCCCUCAUUGUUGUCCACCUGGCAGUAGGCUUCAGGUGCAGACAGUGUAUUUUAAUUGCUGGUUCUAAGAGUGUUCUGCUGCAUUUUUAUUUAUUUCAUUUACGCCCCACUUUUCCUCCAUGAAGUAUUAUUAUUAUUCUUGUUGUUUUUUAGUCAUUUAGUCAUGUCCGACUCUUCGUGACCCCAUGGACCAUAGCACGCCAGGCACUCCUGUCUUCCACUGCCAUUAUUAUUAUUAUUAUUAUUAUUAUUAUUAUUAUUAUUAUUAUUAUUCACCGCCUCUUCCACCCAUCCGACUUUGUUGCCCCAGCCACUCUGGGCAGCUUCCGUAAUAUAAAAACACAGUGAGACAUCAUACGUUAAAAAACUUCCCAAUACAUGUCUUCAUUCCCUUCAGAUGUCUUCAAAAAGUUGUGUACCGGUAAUUGUUUUUUUCUUUGGUUGUAUAUGGUUCCUCCCCCUUCCCAUUUUAUCCUCCCACCAGUGAGCGUUGUGGCUAAAUGCGGAUUCGAACGCUGGUCUCCCAGCAUGCUGCUACACCGUGCUGUUUUAAACUUGUAUAAUUACUUUAAUUACACCAGUGUGGUGUAGUGGUUAGAGUGCCUGACUAGGACCUGGAAGAGGCCAGGGUUCAAAUCCCACCACCAUCAGCCAUGAAGCUCCCAGGGUGUGACCUCAAGCUCAGUCACUGGCUCUCAGCCUAACCUCCCUCAAAGGGUUGUUGUGGAGACUAAAUGAGGCGGGGGGGGGGGGACGGG